GAUAGAGAUUGUCGCGCCGCCAACCGGGGACCACGUAGGAGUACAUGUUACUUUUUUGUUUCUAUUUUGACUGUUUUGGCAUCGAAUUGAAGCUCGAAAAUGAUGGGAAAUGAAUGAAGACCAGAGGUUUAUUUUUUGUGGGGUCUACCGGACGGAGAAAUGCACACAGAAGGGCGUUUACCGUGUUUUUUGCAGUGUGUUUUUCCUAACAGGUAGUGAGCCUCAGCGGUCAGUCAGUGGAAAGGAGACUGAAUAUCCCGCUUUGUAAUCUCUUGACAGCCUUUUUAACCCAUCUUUGGAUCGACGGAGGCUUUUAAACGAACACGCUGCUCUGCCCAGAAACAUGGACUAUGUGUUUCUUGUGUCAUUUCGGAGUAGUUUUCUGAAUUUGUAACAGAUUCCAGCCACUGAUGGACAUGAAGAAGGAGGACGGUGUGGAUUAGGAUCUUUUUUCCUCUUCCUUUUUUCUUUCUUUUUUUGUUUUUUGGCUUCAUCCUCCUCACCUCAAUGUGGUCUCUAAAGGACUUCUUCCUCCUCUGCGGUUUGAAAUGAAAUGAUGGCUGCAGCACGUUGGAGUGAUUCACCACAGGACAAUGAAGAGCAUAAACACACAGACAUAACUCCGUCUUGCGAGGCCAAGCAGAAGGAUGGGCGCGAUCAGAGCGAGGCGUCGGGCGUGGCCUCCCCCGGGCCGGAGGAGGAGCCUUUCUCCUGGCCGGGGCCCAAAACGCUCCACCUGCGCCGGACCUCACAGGGCUUCGGCUUCACGCUGCGACACUUCAUCGUCUACCCGCCGGAGUCUGCCGUCCACAACUCUCUGAAGGAUGAAGACAAUGGCAGCAGAGGGAGACAGCGAAACCGUCUUGAGCCAAUGGACACCAUUUUCGUCAAGCAAGUGAAGGAGGGAGGCCCCGCCCACGGAGCUGGACUCUGUACAGGGGACCGGAUAGUGAAGGUGAAUGGAGAGAGCAUCAUUGGGAAGACCUACUCGCAAGUCAUAGCCUUGAUCCAGAACAGCGAUGCUUCACUGGAACUCUGUGUGAUGCCAAAGGAUGAGGACAUUUUGCAGCUGUUUUCCAGGGAUAUCACUGCUCUGGCGUAUUCCCAGGAUGCAUACCUCAAAGGAAAUGAUGCGUACAGCGGAAAUGCCCAGAACAUCCCUGAGCCCCCUCCCAUAUGCUACCCUCGGAUAGAAGUUAAGGCUGCGGGCAUGGCUCAGGCUGCAGAGCCCGCCACGGUCACAGAGACCCUCCGGGGGGCGGCUCAGGGACCAGGAAGACGAGGGGGGGUCGCUGAAAAGAGCUACCGGGUUGAAAUCCCUGUUCCGCCGUCUCCUCCUCCUCAGGCAGUGGUGUGUGUCUGUAAUGAGAAUGUGAGGACAGUGGCCAUGUCUCCUGAUCCAGUCGACAGGGGGUCCCGGGUGGCACGGGCUGGACCCAGCCACAGGACGGAGGAAAACCGGUACGGUUCUCCAGGAGAUUCUGGCUCAGCUCGACCGAGACCCCUCAUUCCGUCAGUACCUGGGGGUGCACAGCUGCAGUUCCCCUCUUCCCGUCCCUCCGAAAGCCCGGUCUUCUCCCCAUUCUCAAGACCUGCUCCAAUCUAUCCUGACACGUUACCUACACCUACACGAGCCGCCACUGCCUCACCGGACACUUUCUCCACUGCCGCCUCACCCAGCGCCAACCACUACUCCCCGUCUCCCACAGCCCCCUCCACCUCUCCGCACCAGAACAUUGACUGGAAAAACUACACCACCUAUAAGGACUAUAUAGACUCCAAGAGGCUGCACACGUAUGGCUGCCGCACCAUCCAGGAGCGAUUGGACAGCUUGCGUGCGGCCGCCAAUUCCAGCUCCGCCUACACACAGCAACGUACGCCGCCUCCUCCUAGUGCCAAUCAAAGAGGGGCACUGGGCUCCCAGGUCAGACGGAGAAGCACCUCCAAUGAUCGAGGGCUGGAUGCAAGUGGCAAGGGCACUGCUGGGGCUCCAUUACGCAGCGUCUCCCAAGAGAGGCUUGGAGGCACAGCAGAGAGGACAAUCAGGAAUUGGCCUCGGAGUGCUUCCGAGGAUGCCCUGCCUUUCUCGACCCCGACUGGGGUCCCCAAACCUCGGGCACGGUCUUGUGACUACCUGGGGCAGCAGCCUGGUGAACCACUGGCUGUCUUUGGAGAUAGAGUGGUGUUGGAGGACAGGCUGCUGCUGACUCGGGGAGAGGACGCCAGAGCGAGCAGGCAGGGAAGCGGCCUGAGAGCUUUACCUCAUCUGAACAGGAGUCUCACUGGACAGGAGGAGGAAGGGCGAGGAGGUGGACUAUCAAACUCUUCGCUAGCUUCUCCUGUGUUUACUAAAGGUACCAAGGAUUCUGUACUAACAUCACGGACAGACAGUGUCAUAAUGAGACCAUCACGUCUGCCUGUCAAAAACUCCAUCUCAGACGCUUCACCUGCCUUAUCCUCCACUAAAACCACAGACCCUCUUAAAGACCAAAGAGCUAACAUCGUGGGCAACCACCUGGGCUACUCCUCCCCUCUGCACCUGCAGCUCAGAGGCAGGGCGGACAGUCUGAAAAUGGAGAGCAGGUCGGAGGCUGGGUUGGCAGCCAGAUCCUCCUCUUGCUCUGGUACCUCCUCUAAACUGCCCUUGCAGAGACAACUACAACAUUUUGUGGUUGCAUCUUCUUCUGGUUCCUCCACUACAAAUGGAGCUUUGACCCAAAAGCCAAAAGUCAGAGAAAUCUCUGCUUCCUCCAGCGCUCUAAUACGGACUAAUGGCGGUCUUGCAGAAGGCGUAGAAGGACCGGAUGCAACAGUUGUCGUACUAAGAAGAGAUAAAAACUCUGGACCUCCCCUACUCCGCCCUCCAUCCUAUGUACUAGCUGUUAAUGACAACCAGGGAGGAGGGACUCAUAAGUCGCCACCACUGGUGAAGGCCGGAUCUGUAGAUGGAGCAAUUUGCUGGACAUCUAAUGAGGGCUUUAGGGAGAUGCAUCUGAGGAAGCUUGGAGACUCACGACACAAGUCUGGCUCCAACAACUUGGACGACUCCCUGGAUUCGAUCCCCUUCAUAGAUGAACCAUCCAGUCCCAGUACUGACCAGGACAGCACACACAUUCCUGCCUGUGCUGUUAUAUCUGGAGCGCCCAUCAUCACCACCAUCCCGCCCAGCCCCACCUCGCCGUCCCCUCUCAUUCGACGCCAGCUGUCACACGAUCAAGAUUCUCUCCGUCUCACAAUUAUUGAGUCAGAUUCUGGUACUAAAACCGAGCGGUCCAAGUCGUAUGAUGAAGGCCUGGAUAACUACAGGGAGGAGAGCCGAGGGAGGUCCUUAAUACCUGGUCUGAAGAAUCUAAGAAAGGCGGUGGACAGGUCAUCGGAGGAUUCGGGAUCCAGGAGGGAUUCUUCAUCUGAUGUCUUCUGUGACGCCACCAAGGAGGGUUUGCUUCACUUCAAGCAGCUGAACACAGACAAGAGCAAGCGUGUCGGAGGAGGUAUGCGCCCGUGGAAACAGAUGUACGCCGUGCUGAGAGGACACUACCUCUGCCUAUAUAAAGACAAGAAGGAGGGGCAGGCUCAUGCCAACUGCCAAGCAGUCGACGAGCCUCUGCCGAUCAGCAUCAAGGCCUGUCUGAUCGACAUCUCGUACAGCGACACGAAGCGGAAGAACGUGCUGCGGCUGACCACGUCGGACUGCGAGUUCCUGUUCCAGGCUGAGGACCGAGAGGACAUGCUGGCCUGGAUCAGAGUCAUACAGGAGAACAGCAACCUGGAGGAGAACGCGGCCUUCACCAGCCAUGACCUCAUCAGCAGGAAGAUCAAGGAGUACAACACCUUGAUGAGCCCGACAGGCAGCAAGACGGAGCCGUCGCCUAAACCCUCACGCCAGUCCAUGAGCAUCAGGCAGACGCUGCUGGGAGGGAAAGGAGAGACCAAAGCAACAAGUCCACUCACACCCAAACCUGAGCAGGAGAAGAAGAACAUGCACAAAGAUGACACCAGUCCUCCCAAGGACAAAGGGACAUGGAGGAAGGGCAUCCCGGGGCUGAUGAGGAAACCCUUCGAGAAGAAGCCGUCUCCUGGAGUCACGUUUGGAGUGAGGCUGGACGACUGUCCUCCUGCACAGACCAACAAGUUUGUGCCUCUGAUUGUGGAGGUCUGUUGUAAGCUGGUGGAGGAGAGGGGGCUGGAGUACACGGGCAUCUACAGAGUCCCAGGAAACAACGCCGCAAUCUCCAACAUGCAGGAGGAGCUCAAUAACAAGGGCAUGAAUGAUAUCGAUAUCCAGGAUGAUAAAUGGAGGGACCUCAAUGUGAUCAGCAGUUUACUAAAGUCCUUCUUCCGCAAACUUCCUGAGCCGCUGUUCACCAAUGACAGGUACGCAGACUUUAUAGAUGCCAACAGAACAGAGGACCCAGUGGAGAGGCUCAAAGUGCUCAAGAGGCUGCUUCAUGAGUUGCCAGAUCAUCAUUACGAAACCCUCAAGUUCCUCUCAGCUCACCUCAAAACUGUGGCUGAAAACUCAGAGAAGAACAAGAUGGAACCAAGGAACCUGGCCAUCGUGUUUGGUCCAACUCUGGUGCGCACCACCGAGGACAACAUGACCCACAUGGUGACACACAUGCCAGACCAGUACAGGAUCGUGGAGGCCCUCAUUCACAAUUACGACUGGUUUUUCACUGAAGAAGGAAACGGAGAUCCAGUGACCAUGUCCCAUGAGGAGAGUGCGGUGGAGUCCCAGCCCGUCCCCAACAUCGACCACCUGCUCACCAACAUCGGCCGCACGGGCACGUCGCAGGGUGAAGUAUCAGAUUCACCGACUAGUGACUCAGCUAAAUCAAAGGGUUCCUGGGGCUCAGGGAAGGACCAGUGCAGCCGAGAGCUCCUGGUCUCCUCCAUCUUUGCUGCAGCCAGCCGCAAAAGAAAGAAGUCAAAGGAGAAGCCGCAGCCUAGCAGCUCAGAUGAUGAUCUGGACGCUGUCUUCCCCAAGAAGGAGAUCCCUGGACAGAAGCCGAACCACCACGGCCUCCAGAUUGAGGUGCCGAGCGAGACUCGCCCCAGCCCCAACGCAAAACCCAAUGCAAAGCAGCCAGCGCGAGUAGAGGAGAGGAAGGAGAACGGGAGAAGUGUGGAGCUCACACCUAAAGCCAAGAGAGAGCACAGAAACUCCUUAUUCCUGAAGGACAAGACUCCGCCCAGACACCCCUCUCCUGCCCCCUCCCCGACCCCAAAUAUUUCUAGCUUCCAAACUGCUCCUCAGCCCAAAUCCUCCUUGUCAGAUCCUCCGUCCCAGCUUGAUGAGAACACCUCGGACCUCGGCACAAUGAGCUCCGGAGCGUCUGUGCCAAGGUCAAGACCGAAAAAGUGGAGCGGAACGUCUGCUGAUAUUCCUGCAGGACUGGUAGCAGGUCCGGGGGCGUCCGCCGGUGCAGAGGUGAGCUCCAUCACCUCAGACUACUCCACAACUUCCUCCAUCACAUUCUUGACUGGAGCGGAGUCCAGCGCGCUCAGUCCGGAGCUGCAGGGCGGAGAAGAGGCAGAUGACGAACGCAGUGAGCUCAUUAGCGAGGGUCGACCCAUGGAGACGGACAGCGAAAGCGACUUCCCGGUUUUUGCCCCGGGCGGUGGCAGUAGCCAGUCCACACCCUGCCCCGAGCAGAGUCUGGACAAGACUGAACCACGAGGAGGCGGAGCAGCCGAGGGCAGCACGCCAAAAAUGGAAGCGCGGCGCCUUUUCCCGUCACACAGGAUGAUCGAGUGCGACACCCUCUCCAGAAGGUGGUCGCUAAGACAGAAAACAGACAGUGAAUCAUCGGUGGAGGGUGUCGCUGGGAGUGGGGAGCGUGGCGAGGGCAGAGCGGAGUCUUCCACGCGACUCUCUCGAGUCCUGGAGGUGAUGAAGAAGGGGCGGUCUACGAGCAGCCUCAGCUCGUCCUCACGCAGCGAGUCGGAGCGUCCCGAACCAGCCUGGCACCUUAAGAUCACAGAGCGGCUCAAAUUCAGGUUACGCACGUCUGCUGACGAUAUGUUCACGCAGAAGAACCGAGCUGCAGAUACUCGCGGGAAGAAGAAAAACAUCCGCCGCAGGCACACCAUGGGCGGGCAGAGGGACUUUGCAGAGCUGGCGGUCAUCAACGACUGGAGGGAGCAGGGCGGGGUGGACCAGACGGCCGAGCUCUCAGCUCUGGACCGCCUCAAGCCCAGGUGUUCCUCUCAGGACUUCUCCAUCCGGGACUGGAUCACUAGAGAGCGACACAGAGGCUCUGAUUCAAGCGUUGAGGUCGCGCCCAAAGCCGUCCCCGAGGACGAUCAUCCGGAAGUUCAGGACGCAGCUCCUGAAAGACCUCCUGCUUCUGUGUCCCCGGGCGCACAGCCGCUAGCAGGAGAGCAUGUUAACGGUAGCGGGCUGCAGGGCAAAAACAAAAGCAGCGUCGGGGCGGACGCUCACCCACACAAACUGUCUGGAGCACAAGUUGUCCGCUCACGGUUCUACCAGUAUCUGUGAAACAGCAAGAGUGGUCUUGUGUGAAGUGUGAUUGAAUGCGUAAAUGUACGAAUGUGGGUAUUUUAGCUAAGGUUACUGCACAAUAUUUUUUCUACAAAGUAUACUUUAUGUAUCUACUGUACAUACUGUGUAUAGGCUUAUGUGAUUGUUACUGAAAUAAUGCUGAAGAGAUGUUUAUGUGUGUAAUUCCACUGACUCGUUGGCCAUACUGGAACAGACGUGGACAAAACUUGGACUUCCUCCUGCACGAUCGAACCCCACAAAUGCGAGAAUGUGACUUGAUAUGUGGUGUUAAUGGGACAGAAAAGGACUCUGUGGAUUGUUAAACAGCACUAAUGAAACGUAACGGGGUCAACUGAAUGCAGGAGGAGGCUUUUUUAUUAAGGAAUCAUGGUUCAGUUCUUCCUAUUAUAAGCGGUAUGAAGAAUGUAUUACUCUCUUUGGACUAACACUAGUUGCUUGUGGCAAUAUUGUCAUUUUCAAAACAGUAUGUAUGUGUUUUUUGCCUGUACUUGAAGUAUGUGGAUGUAACUGAGGGCUGCUUUCUGAGCUGGGUACUGUGGGAAGUUUGUUUUUUCACAGUACAAGUCACAACAGCCAGAUAUUAGCUUGAUGGACUGGAAGAUUAUUAUAGAUUUAUCAAAUAAAGACUGAAAAAAACAGUAAUGAAAUGCUGAUACUAUAGUAUGUAAUGCUUGGUACAGUAGUUUAUUUCCAAACUUUGUCCAGUUAUAGUCCAAAAAAGUAAGUUUUUACACAUUAUUUUUAUCUCAAAAAGAAAAAGUGCCUCUUGUUUUUCCUUUUUUAAAACUGUUUUUACCAACAGUUUACAAGACAAAACAUUUUUAGGAGACAAUAAUCUCACAGGCAUUCCAGAGAUGUUUUUGUUGUGGGGUCUUUCCUCUUUUUAGUUUUUAACUCACAUCAACAUCUGAGUAUUCAAUUGUAUGUCAGUGUCUGUGUUUCAUUUAUAGUUUUACUUCAUUUUUCCCCCCUCUGUAUUUUUCAGUGCAGUAAAAUGCAUGGGCGCUUAAAACCUGGGAGAAAAAACAAGUUAUCUUUAAAACUGCAUGAGACAAUGUUUUCUGAACAGUGAACAUCUCGCCUGUGUACAGCAAAACAUGGGUGUGCAAUGCCCUCCCUCAACAAACACUGGAAAUAAAUAAUCUUUAUUAGA